AUGACUUUGGCAAAGAAACAAGCAGCAGAAAGAAGAGAAUUGCACAAAGAGAAGGAGAAGGAGAAAGCAAUAGAAAGAGUACAACAAGCAGAUUCACAAGGCCCGUCAAAUUCAAGAUCUGAGAAUUGUAGGAAAGUAGAUUUGGAAGUGGAUGGUUACCUGUUGAAAGGAGAUGAAGCAGUAGAUGGAAAGUCAGAUCAUAGUAAUGGAUUGAAUGGGAAGGGGAGGAAGAAAGGGAAGCAGAAGAUGAAAAGUACAUUGGAGGAUGAAGAUGAAGAUGAGGGUGGUGAUGAGAGUGAUACUUCCAAUAAUCUGAUUGAAAGAAAUGAUGUCAUAAUCCUAGAUUGGCUUCCAUAG